GCAAAUGCUACCCAGAUUUCUCGGGAAGUGUAUGCUGUUUUCAGGUUGUUUUUACUUGAUCAGAAUAAGGGCAACUACUUGGUUCUUCAAGAACAAAAUGAAAGGCGCUUCCAUGGGAUGAAGCUCGAUUGGGGAUUUGAUCAGUUCCUCUCUCAGAAAGUUUUUACUGAAGCUUCCAAUGGAUUUCUCUUAGAUGACACCAGUGUGUUUGGAGCAGAGAUCUUUGUUUGUAAAGAGAGAAGUACAUGCAAAGGAGAGUAUCUAUCAAUGUUAAAAGAUGCCGUGAUGUACAAGCAUGUUUGGAAAAUUGACAACUUCUCAAAGUUAGAUGCGGAAUUCUAUGACUCAAAAACGUUCAUUUCUGGAGACCAGAAAUGGAAGAUUCAACUCUAUCCCAAGGGAAAAGGCAAUGGAAUUGGUACUCAUCUUUCUCUUUAUUUGGCAUUGGCUGAUCCAAAAUCUCUUCCUCCGGGCUCUAAAAUCUAUGCAGAUAUUACGCUACGGAUCCUGGACCAAGUGAAUGCAAGGCAUCAGUUUGGUAAAGGCAACUUCUGGUUCAGCGCCUCAAAUCCGGAGUGGGGUUGGUGGAGAUUCAUAACGCUGGGAUUUCUCAGCCAAGCAGGCAUGGGGUUUUUGUCGAAGGAUACUUGCAUCGUGGAAGCAGAGGUCACUGUCCAUGGAAUUUCUAAUGCCCUGUAGUAUGAAAUUAAGGGGUUGAAUUUUCUUCAAUUUUCUCAAAUGUUUGAAAGAAUAAAAAAUAAAAAAACUCAUUUCCUUGUGACAUGGUUGUGUCUCUUCUAUUGUGAAAGGCUUCUUGAUCCUCUGCUUUUCCUUGUUUUCCUUUAUUUUUUCUUCAUGUAACUUCUUCAAUUAUUACAAAUUUUAUAGUCUCUGCUGAGUUGUAUGGAAAUAUAUUGAAAAUAGAAAAGAAAAAGAAAAAGGCCAGCACAUUCU